UUUAGUAUGUGGUUUAUAUAGUCCUAACGUCCAUGUCUUUUCAAUAGACGUGCUCAGUGUUCGAAAGGUGCUGGUCGGGCUGUAAAUUAUUUAUUGGUGCCGUAAUUAAUUUUUAAAGUGUAUUAUUUUAUGUUUCUGUGAUAGUUUUGUGAUAUAACAAUGGCUGAUUAUAUUCGUAUUUUUGGAAAAGAUGUCGACACCGAAGCUAGCCUUUUGCUUCCGAAGAAAACAUCGCCAAUAAACCUGUACAGAAGACGAUGGCUCAUGCUGUUCUUAUUCGUUCUAAGUUACAUAUUUACCAAUAUGCAAUGGAAUGAGUACUCCGUGAUAUCUGACAUAGUAAUGAAAUAUUACAAUGUACCAUCUGACACAGUAAAUUGGACCAGCAUGAUCUCCAUGUGCUUUUAUUUACCGUUGGCGAUACCCGGAAGCUACUUCUUAGAGAAAUACGGUCUUCGAUCUGGAAUUCUGAUUGGCGCAGGAUUCGGGUGUCUAGGAUCGUGGAUCAAGCUGUUUUCCAUACAGCAGGAUAAAUUUUGGGUCGUUCUCGUAGGGCAAGGAGUUUCGGCAGUAUCGGGCAUAUUUAUAAUACAGCUGCCUCCUAUGUUGGCAGCCGUCUGGUUUGGCUCGGAGGAAGUAUCGACCGCUUGCAGUAUUGGAAUAUUUGGUGGACUGGUUGGUUUGGCCAUUGGAUUUUAUUUACCAUCAAUUACGGUACCCAAUGACCCUAGCAAUAUUGCAAUUGCUAACAACCUACACACAUUGUCACUGACUAUAGCCCUACUAGGAUCAGCACUGUUUCUUCUACAAGUAUUAUUUUUUGAAGAUAAACCACCAACUCCACCAUCAAACACGCAACUCAACAAAAUUGAAAUGCCCGAAGGAUCGAAAAACUGCAUCAAAUCCUGUUUGGAAUUAUUGACCAAUGUACCAUUCCUAUGUUUGGUAUUGGUGUUUACGAUUGACUUUGCGAUACCCAAUGCGUUCUUCGUUUGUUUGAAUCAGUUGUUGGCGUUUUACUAUCCAAACGCAUCGGUAGAAGCAGGACGUAUUGGACCUAUCAUGAUAAUUUCGGGAAUAUUUGGGGCUGUCAUAACCGGUACCCUACUCGACAAGUUUCAUCGCUACAAGACGCAGUUUCUUUUAACGCAGACUUGUGCUGUAAUGGCCAUCAUUAUGUUUACCCACGCGUUAGGUGGGCCAAUCUACGUCGUCUACUUCAUGGCAGUAUUACUGGGAGUAUUUUGGCUUACGACCCUGCCUAUUUGUACGGAAGCCAUUUUGGAGUUAACUUACCCCACAUGUGAAGGGGUAUCAAUUGGAUUUUCGUAUGUUGUAGCGCAUUUGGCAUCACUUAUCGCUACCUCUGGAUAUUCGUAUCUCAUUGACCAUUAUAACCCUUUUUGGGCUAAUUAUUUAAUGGGAUUCAUGUUGUGCAUUGCACUAUUAGUUCUGAUUACUGUGCGAUUCGAUUACCGAAGGUAUGCUGUUAACUUCGGUUCGGUGAAUAUAUGAACGCUACUAAAUGGACGUCUCGUUUGGAUUAAAACUAAGGCAGUACCUGCUUAACGAAUGUUCUGGAAAAUUGAGAUGCCGAGCAAGAAAUCGUCGGCAUGGCUCCCGAGGCAUGUUACUACUUAUAAACUGGGAGGUGUAGAAAUAGCUAUAGUUGCGUUGCUAUUAAAUAUUCAAUUAAUGAAGUCGAUGGUUCUUUAUGGAUGGAUUGUGACCGAAGUGAUUUGAUUAGUAUAAAUCGAACAACUAAUUUCUAUUUAUGUUAUUGGGACAAGCAGCACAAACUCAUUGUUGAAUUUCUUUAAGUAAAUGACUUAA